AUGGCGGCGCCCGCUUGCGUUUGGCUCGCGUUCGGGUUCAGCCCCGAAGAGGCGGCCGGGGAGCCGGGCCCGGGCCCGGGCCCGUGGCGGCUGGAGGCGGGCCCCGAGGGCAUCUCCCGCGUGUGGCCCGCCUGGAGCUACGUGGUCGUGGAGACCGGCGCGGGGCUGGAGGUGCGGAGCGCGGGGCAGCGGCGGCGGCUGCCGGGCUGGGCCGCCGGCGGCUUCGCCACGCCGCGGCCGCCGUUCUUCACCGCGCUGCCCGCCGGCCUGCGGGCCCGGCGGCUGGCGCUGGGCACGGAGCACGCCCUAGCGCUGGGCGCCGCCGGGGAGGUCUUUACCUGGGGCGGUGGCAGGCACGGGCAGCUGGGCCACGGGCUGCUGGAGUCCGAGCCGCAGCCGCGGCUGCUGGAGGCGCUGGCCGGCGUGCCCAUGCGGGCGGUGGCGGCCGGCGGGUGGCAUUCGGCCGGCGUCAGCGAGGCAGGAGACCUGUACGUGUGGGGCUGGAACGAGUCGGGGCAGCUGGCUCUGCCCUCCAAAGCGCUGGCAGAGGAGCGAGCGCGAGAUGAGGACACGGGCACGGGGAGCACCGAGCUGAUGGCCUGCCGGGAGCAGUUGGCUGCCCAGGAUGCUGCGUUCAUCUCCAUCCAGGCGUUCCCAGCGCUGCUGGAUCUGCCACAGGACCUGGAGGUCAGCGCGGUCAGCUGCGGCUCCCGACACACAGCGGCUGUCACUCGAGGCGGGGAGCUCUACACCUGGGGCUGGGGUAAAUACGGACAGCUGGGACACGGGGACAACACCAGCUCUGACCAGGCACGCCGCGUGGAGCAGCUGGUGGCCAGGGGGCUGCGGGUGGAGGAGGUGGUGUGUGGGCCCUGGACCACCUAUGUGCGCGUGCGGGAGCCGUGAGGGCCCAGGAGCCGUGGGGGCUGCCAGAUGGGGACGAGGGCAGGCUCUGCCCCGCGGGAGCAGCUCCACUCUGUGCUCAGGCCAGGGCAGGCAGACCCUGCGGCACAGGAUGGGGCUGGGUUUAGCCCACAGUGACCUGAUUCACAGGCUGGCGUGGGGCUGCAGCUGCCUCAGGGCCAGGGGCACGCUGGGACGGGCUGGAUGUGUUUAUUAAAUUCAGUUUUCC